CAGGACGCGUUGCGCGGCCCGGGCCGGAAGUCGGCGAGUUCCCCGGUGUGUGUCUGUGUCUGUCUGUGUCUGGAAGCGGCGCGCGGCCCGGGGCAAGCGCUGGGGAUUCCCAUCUGAGGCGUCGCCACUGUCACUACCAUCACCCACGGAGCCACUUAUAGAGCGGAGUAGACCCGGCCCUUCGCCGGGCAGAGAAGAUGUUGCCCCUGUCCAUCAAGGACGAUGAAUACAAACCACCCAAAUUCAAUCUGUUGCGCAAGAUCUCGGGCUGGUUUAGGUCUAUCCUGUCGGACAAGACGUCCCGGAACCUGUUUUUCUUCCUGUGCCUGAACCUCUCUUUCGCUUUUGUUGAACUACUCUACGGCAUCUGGAGCAACUGCUUAGGCUUGAUUUCCGACUCUUUUCACAUGUUUUUCGAUAGCACUGCUAUUUUGGCUGGAUUGGCAGCGUCUGUUAUUUCGAAAUGGAGAGAUAAUGAUGCUUUCUCCUAUGGGUAUGUUAGAGCGGAAGUUCUGGCUGGCUUUGUCAAUGGCCUAUUUUUGAUCUUCACUGCUUUUUUUAUUUUCUCAGAAGGAGUUGAGAGAGCAUUAGCCCCUCCAGAUGUACACCAUGAGAGACUGCUUCUUGUUUCAAUUCUUGGGUUUGUGGUAAACCUAAUAGGAAUAUUUGUUUUCAAGCAUGGAGGUCAUGGACAUUCUCAUGGCUCUGGCCAUGGACACAGUCAUUCCCUCUUUAACGGUGCUCUGGAUCAGGCACAUGGCCAUGGAGAUCACUGCCAUAGUCAUGAACUGAAACAUGGUGCUGCACAUAGCCAUGAUCAUGGUCAUGGACAUGGACACUUUCAUUCUCAUGAUGGUCCCUCCUUAAAAGAAACAACAGGACCCAGCAGACAGAUUUUACAAGGUGUAUUUUUACAUAUUCUAGCAGAUACACUUGGGAGUAUUGGUGUAAUUGCCUCUGCCAUCAUGAUGCAAAAUUUUGGUCUGAUGAUAGCAGAUCCUAUUUGUUCAAUUCUGAUAUCCAUGCUUAUAGUUGUAAGUGUUAUUCCUCUUUUAAGAGAGUCUGUCGGAGUAUUAAUGCAGAGAACUCCUCCCCUCUUGGAAAAUACUCUGCCUCAGUGCUAUCAGAGGGUGCAGCAGUUGCAAGGAGUUUACAGUUUACAAGAACAGCACUUCUGGACCUUAUGUUCUGACGUUUAUGUUGGGACCUUGAAAUUAGUAGUAGCACCUGAUGCUGAUGCCAGGUGGAUUUUAAGCCAAACACAUAAUAUUUUUACUCAGGCUGGAGUGAGACAACUUUAUGUACAGAUUGACUUUGCGGCCAUGUAAUGAAUGAAAAGAAGCUAUACUUUUUUGGGGACCUAAGUUUUCUGGUACUGUACAAUCCCAAACAUUGUACCUAGCUUAUUAAAAGAGAGAAAUCGUCACUACAGCUCCCAAGCACCAACUAGACCUAGUAGAGUCAGCCGUUUGUGCUCUGCAGGGAGUUCACAGCUAAGGGAUCAGAAUUCAGAGGAUCUCUCCUGGACUUUUGGUCUUGUCUUUUGUGCUCUUCCUUCCAAACUAUUUUGAUUUCUGAGGCUUCUAGUUUUGUUCCGGGGUGGUGUUUUUCGUUUAUUUGUUUCUUUUUUUUUCAUUUCCAAUGCCCUCACUCCUACCCCUCAUCCUAGCCAGUAAGAAAUUCAGAUUGUGGGCCUCCCGUCAUCUGGAAUGUUUUCACUGAAGCUGCUGGAAACCACUCUUUCAUUCCCACAAAACCAGUGUUAUUUAAAAAAAAAAAGAAAUGGAAAUCUGUUUUGUAUGUAAUGUCACAAUUGUUGACGUUCUUCAGUAUAAUCAUAUGUUUGUAAAAUUGUUUGUACCUUGCAAACUUAUGAACCAAACCAUAUUGGGUUUUCAAAGUGCCUUUGUAUCAGAAAAUGUAUUUGCCAGCAUAGAAACAUACUCUCAAAGGUCAUGUAUGUUUUUUUUUAAUGGGUAUUCUUUAAUCUGUACAAAAUAAGACUCUUUGUUAGUCAUGUAUACAGAUUUUGUCUUUUUGUGUACUUCCCAGCAUAGGUUUAGAUAUAUGAAAAUUUUCCUUUUAUUGCUUUAUCUCAUCAAAAAAUAAAAGGUGUUAUUUUGCUUUUUAAAUCAAAUUCAAUUAUCACAUUAAAUUAUUUUGUGGGCUAUGUUUUCAAAACUUCGCAAAUGUAUCUGUUAUAUAGACGAAUGUUUUGAUUUACUUGAAACAUCUGCUAAGUUCCAAAUUUCUAUAAAAGCUACUGUGUUGUCUAUGAUAAACUUUCCUGUAUCUUCCUUGCCAUUUUUAUGAAUUUUAUUAAUGAAAGAAACAGGCAAUGUAGAAUGAAGGCAGAAAUGCUUGUAACAAUAUUAUUUUGCAUUUUUAUUCUUUAAAUGCCACCUCAUACAAUUUGCUUUCCUGUGCAAGCAUUACAUAAAUACAAUUGCCUUCAGAAAUCCUAGAGCAGCAUUUUCUUGAGUUUGAACUAUUGAAGGUACGGAGCAAAUGUAGUAAGAUAGAAGUCUUCCUAACACAGGUAUCUUGGAAGUUAAUAAAUGAGUUGAUUUCUAGGUUCUUGUGUAUUUGAAAAAUAAAAUUGCAAUUUGAGAUAAGUGCUUAAACACUCAAAUAUUCUUUGUGUUUUAUGAAGAAAUAUCGAUCUGGAUAGGCAUUUUCCCAUUGUACUUUAUUUCAUCACAAUGUAUAUUCCCUUUUAAGUUUAAAAAAUUGAAAUUGUUGGGGAGAAAACCCUGCAGGAUGAAAACGGUUGUUUCAGAUGUAGAUCAAAAAUAAGCAUCUUUUCACUGAUGUGGCAGAAAUUGCUGUUGAUUUUGUCUAAGUUUUAGAGUGUCUUUUUCUCUAUUUCUGACCUACAAUUAGUGAACUAUACUGUAUUAGGAAAAGUAGACUGCUUGCUUCAUGCUUUUCUGAACUGCUGCAGAUUGCCAUGAACUGUCGACAGUCUCCUUUUUUAAGUAGUAUUUUCAAAACGUUUUUUCUCACUACUAGGCAAUUCUAAAGCUAAGAAUUCCUGCAGUAGAAUGUGUUCAACUGAAACAAUUGUUGAGAUGUUUUAGGAGGGAAAGUAUAAAAGAAAAUGAUAAUGGUACUGCUCUUUCGUGAUAAGUGUAAGUAGUCAUUUGGAAGUUUGCAUCCACUACCAAGCCUGAUGGAAGCCUGAGACAGUCUGUGAGUUUUGCCUAUUAUGGAAAAUAACAGAUCUAGAUGAAGGCAGGAACUUUAGAUGUGUGCCUUUAAAAGUUAAUUAUGUGUAAUUGUACUGAUAUUUCACAUACGGAGAUAAUAUUUGCACUGGCUUAUAAAAUUUCCCAGUGCAU